AUGGGUGAUCCGCCGGUGUUUCAUAUUCGCUUAUAUUGUCGUGAACAUACUUGCUCUGUUACGGAACAAUUUGGCCAUAGCCGUAAUGCUAAACCACCUAUCCUAGCUCAAUUAUACAAGGAUUAUGUUGGUGGUGUGGGAGGUUCUGUUGUGCCAAAUCUUGUUGGGGAAGGGCUCAACCUACGAUAUGGUAGUGUAAACGGAGAAGUUUCUUAUGUUGCUAGGGGGCUUUUUCUUGGCUACUGGAAGGCACAUCGUACACUUAUAAAGGCGCGGGAGUAUGUUAGGGGUACACCUGAAAGUGGAUACGCUGAAUUACCUGCAUAUUUAUACAGGCUGAGGUCCUCUAAUCCGGGGACCCUUACUAGACUGGUCGUUGAUGCAGAAGACAGAUUCAAGUAUGUUUUCAUUGUGUUUGUUGGAUGCAUUAAGGGUUUCAGGUAUAUGCGGAAAGUUGUAGUUGUAUAUGGAACCUUUUUGAAAGGUGAAUUCAAAGGGACUCUUCUGAUAGCGACAACACAAGAUGGCAAUUUUAAUAUUUUCCCUCUGGCGUAUGCGGUUGUUGAUAUAGAGAACGACGUCUCAUGGGAAUGGUUCUUUACGCAAUUAAGUAGUGUAAUUCCUGAUGAUGAAGAGCUUGCACUGAUAUCUGACCGGCAUAAAUCUAUUGGUAAAGCUAUCGCUAAAGUGUACCCCCUGGCAAGUCGAGGAAUCUGCACUUAUCAUCUUCACAAGAAUAUUAUCCUGAGAUUUAGUGGGAGCGAAACAUUCCGGCUGGUAAAAAAAGCAGCUGCAGCGUACCGUGUAGUUGAUUUCGAAGAAAUCUUCCAGCAAAUUCAAGAAGCGAAUCCGCAACUGCAUGCUUACUUGGUGCGUGCAGAUGUAUCCAAGUGGAGCAGGGCGCACUUUCCUGGUGAUAGGUACAACUUCACCACUAGCAACAUUACAGAAUCGCUAAACAAAAUAUUGAAUCCUGCGAGAGCCUAUCCCAUGGUAGAGUUAUUAGAAGCUGUUCGGAAUAUGUUGACACGUUGGUUUGCUACAAGGAGAAAACAAGCUGCCGCAAUGCCAACUUUACUCACCAAAGGAGUGGAGAACCUGUUACAGGCACGUAUUGAACAUUCAAGGCGUCUGAAGGUUCAAGAAAAUGAUGAAGAUCGAUUUCAAGUAAGUGGUGGUACCUCAACGCAUGUUGUCAAUCUGAGAGACAGCCUCUGCAGUGGGUAUGCUGAGGCGAUAAUGCCGAUAGAUACAUCCUGCAUCGUCCCUACUGAUAUUACACCUUCCAGAUGUAAACCGCCUUUUGUUAGGAAUCCUCCAGGAAGGCCAAAGAUGUCGAGGAUGAAGUCUUUUGUCGAGGUUGCGUUGGAGACGAAGCGGCCCCGCAAACAGCAUGCCUGUUCUCAGUGUCAACAGGUUGGCCACAACCGUACAAUAUGUCCAGCUAAUACGUAA